GUUGCAAGCGCCUGCCGAGUGCUGGCGUAGAGCUGCGUUGAGGUUGAGGAGACGGCGGUGCUAGCGCAUCGUUCAUGAUGUGUACAGCUAGCCGGAGCGUUAUCCUGUCUUGUUCGUCAGAAGUUAGGGUCUCUUUGCAACAAGAUGCUAGCCUCAGUGUCGUGUGAGAUCUUACCUGAGUGUGAGAGUGAAAAAAACAGAUGAGAGCGUGAGUGUGAACGCGCGGAAGCAAACAGGCUUGGUCAAACAGAUUUAGAUUUUGGAAAGGUGAUGUUGAUGUGAUACUAGUACCGGUGCCGUACCAUCUUGGGCAUUGAUGUUCAUGUUGUACUUGCAGCUACAAGAGAGCGUCGGUCUAUUAUUUCGGGAGCAGCAGCCAGGCGCGCCGUCUGUGCCCACGACGUGGUGCGACACCGAAAAUGACGGUCCCUGCGGUUGGUCCUCCAGCGUCCGCAUCAGCUUCCACGACCAUGACCACCGGAGCGCGUAACUACAAUCCGGAGGUCGACCUGAUACAUGACGACGUCGAACAGGAGGAGCUACAGGAUCACGGCGUGGGCGUGGCGGGCUCGAUAUCAGCAGAUCCUCCGCCACGGAGGGCAAGCAAGCCUGAGCUUUCCUCUGUCGACAGUAGCAGUCCAGAUCGCGUUGAUUCGUCCGCCGAUCAAGAGCAGGGUCACGCACUGCUGGACGCUGCGUUGGUGAAGAAGGGAGAAGGGAAUGAGCUGUACAAGAACCAUGAGUUCAAAGCGGCAAACCAGAAGUGGACGGAAGCGCUGAAGGACGUGCUGCAAGCGGGACAAUUUAUUCUCCUGCCCAGAUCCGCGACGGAGCUGGAGACCGCACUGUAUUUGAACCUCGCCCAGGGCCAUUUGAAGCUUUCGGAGUGGAAGCAAGCGGAAAAAGCACUCUUUAUCGUGCUCAGGGAAGACAAGUCCAACGCGAAGGCGUGGUUCCGGCUGGGCGAGGCGCAGCUCGGGAUGGAGCAGAGUAGCAGUUACGAAGACGUGAAGAAAACGAUCUUGAAGUUGGUGGAUUUGGGGAACAAGCUAUUCGCAGGAAGUUUUUCUUUUUCCCGGUGAAACAAUGCACAACAGCAACAAGUGGUCUCUAAUAUGCAUGACAGAACAAAAGCAAAAGCUCGUCUACUUCUCCGCAUGAUGAGAGCAGUACGUAGUGGUCUUCGCAUGUUUGUUGUAGGUCCCCAAAGAAGGAAAUUCGAAUUUGUGAGUGGGUUUUGUACCUCCAUUUUUGCGGUUGUGGUUGUGCCCGCGGCCGAGCGGGAACAAAGUUGUUGUAUUGCAUACGAGCCACUGGCGACGAGCUUGCAGGCAAAGCUGAAAGAGAAGAAAGAAAAGGAGAAGGACGUUUAUCACACAGAAGAUCGAAAUGAGAAUAACUUCUGCGCUCCUGCUGUUUGAAGAUUUUUUACCUAGACGCAACGUGCAUGCAUCGAUGUAACAUGACUUGGGUCAUGUUGUCGCAAUAUUGAGAUGCUGUGCGCUGCAGCACCAGGUUGUUGUUCUUUUACAUGUCCUUGCAGUUGCGCUGCAGUGCUCCUUCGUGCGCCGGAAAGGCAAAGGCUUUCGUGUUAUGAUUUAGCACUGCUAGUGAUCCUAAUAUUUUUCAUCUUCUCGUCGUGAUAAUCCGUACCGCAAAAUCAUGAAAAACGCCGACCAAUUCGCCGUCGACGAAGCGGAGUUGGAAGAGAGGAAGGGAAAGGCAACAGAGGGAAUCACGCUACCCAGUGCAUAUCACAGGAAAAAAGUGUUAGAGUUACACAUUUGUUGUAAUUUCAGCAUCACAAAUUUGCUCUGCAUGGCAAAGAAAACUUGUAAUGCGCAGACUAUAAGGGAAAACAGAAACGAAAUGACGCUGUCUAGCGUUUCCUGCAUGACAGAGGUUGUUUGUCUUGCUUGUCUUGCAUGAGAGUGUGUAACUGUAACACUUUUUUCUCACGAUAGUGCAGCCACGGCGAACAGUGUCUCCUUCGAACAAACCAGCGCUCUGCACGACAGCUAUGAAGUUUAGAAAUGUCUGGGUCUGGAAGAUUCUGAGAUUUGUCAUGCUAAUCUGGCAUGACUCUGAACUCUGUAUUGCGUGGCCGCAAAGAGCUCCUCCUCCCUGUGUUGCAAAAACGCAGAUUCUAAUGUGGAAUACGCAACUAAGAACCAUGAAAAAAACUUGUCAUGCUUGGCGGCGCAUUACAGUGAGCUCACUAUUCUCUUCCUUGCAUCACAAGUUGAAGUUUCCAGACUGACCCAGACAUUUUUACAAUCCAUAACAGCAUCCGCAACCCGACGGUGCUCCAGUACGGCUACAGAAAGCACUAUGCUGACCAAAGAACAACAGCUCCUCUAUUGGAGGUGGGGAAGGGUCAUGAAGUGCAAGAGACGAGCAGCACUAUUCAGGAGCGUGCUGUUGGUGCUCAGGUGGAAGCGAACAAAACUGGGAGUGGCGCAGAUCAUGACAACGACGAGUCGACUCCUACAGCCGUGCAGAAGACGUUUUUGGACCGCGCGCUCCAACAGGCGAAGCGGUACCAGAAGUUUUCGCGCAAGUCGAGCAAGGAGAACAUUCAGCACCAGGCCAAGCUGUUUUACCUGCGGCAAGGGUUAGAAGGCAGCCAGGUCGCGAAGGACUACGAAAUGUUCGCCCAGGGCGUGGAGCAAGAACUCGAGGCGCGGAAGCGCGAAGGCACGGAGGAUCAGGAAGUGUGUGAACUGGAUGAAGUGUUGUAGACGACGAAAAACCGAAAAGAACGCAAACCUAUUGCGCCUUCUCUCUGGGAAACCAAAAAGGCGUAUUAGUGUGCGACUUCAAACCAAAAAGAUUUCUCUGAUGUGGUACACUCAUUGCGACUUCAAAUCGAAGAGGUAAAGGGAGAAAGGCGUAAAUUAGAAU